UGCGGUUGCGAGAUGAUUCCUACAACAGCGGCCAAUCAGCGGCGGGGAGGCGAGAACGGGCAGCCAAUCAGGAGGCGCGAGGCAGGCCGGGCAGAGGGAUUUAAACACAGCAGGCAGACAGGGGACGUAUUCAGUCCUCUUGUUUUUAAGGAUUUUUGUUGUUGAGGAGGGACUUGAGAAAUGGAUGAGCAGAAGGGCAAAGAGAACCAUCUGCCCCAAUCCAGGCUCUUCAGAACUGGACUGCUACAUCCUAGGGGUCGUAGAUCAGUGGAGCUUGGUAACCAGCCGGAGAAAGGUCAUAAAGAGAGUGUGAGUAGCACAAAAUCUCUUGGGAUUUCUCAAGAUGGAAAAAAUGAAACGUCUAAAGCCAGAGUAUGUAGAAGCUCUAGCUUCACAAGUGGCAACCUCCCAUCAUCCCGCAAACCACUGUACGAUGACACUAAUCAGACAUGGCUCAAGCAGAAGGCAGCACCAGACAAAGCAGGUGACAAGCCUCCAUCAGAGAGUCUCAAACCAAGAGCCAGGUUGGUGCCCGGCAGCACUGGACAGCCUCCAGCAGUCAGAGCAAAGCUUCUGUCAGAGCCACGCACAGGUGCAGGACCCCCCCGGGAUGUGAAGGCAGCCCUGGCAAGAAAGGCCCCUCUGAAAGGCACAAGUUAUCCACACCAGAGUGCAAAACCUACUAUGGCCUCUAUUGGGUUGUCCCUUAAGUCAAAGACUUCUGCUGGCUCAUCUCAUCAGUCAUCAAAGGCGUCUGCUUCCACUGUAUCAUCCCAACAGUCAAAGGCUUCAGCCACCAGUGAAACAUCUGCAAAGUCAAAGGCUUCAUCCUCUACUAAGUUAUCCAUUCAGUCUACGAGUUCUCAGAUAUCUACUGUAAAUAAAGAUGCAGUUUCAGUAUCUUUGGAAAAUAGCAAAGAUUCAUCUAGUCAAUCACAGGUUAAAAAUUCAAUGGAAGCAAGUUCCAUGGUGAAUGUUGAAAGUAAUCCUGAAUCUAGGAACGAAAACCCAGUAACUGUACCUUCAUCAUCUGUUGUGACUCAAGAUAAACCAUGUGAAAAGCUGCAAGGCACAAGUGAAGUCAAGGGAUGUACAAAUACAGAUAUAGCACGUAACGUUGCAGGAACAUCCACAGAAAAGAAAUGUGACCAAACUGCAAUUUCCAAAGAAUCAACUAAGUGUGAAAAACUGCAAGACACAAAUGGAGUCAAGGGACAUACAAAUACAGAAUUAACACCUAACAUUGCAGAAACAUCCACAGAAAAGAAAUGUGACCAAACUGCAAUUUCCAAAGAAUCAGCUAAGUUAGAGGCAUUUAGCACUAACAAAAAGGAAUCUGGAAAUAAAGGAAGUGACAAUUCUGGGAAAUUUUGGCAAUUGGAUGAUUUUGAGAUAGGCCGACCACUGGGCAAGGGGAAGUUUGGAAAUGUUUAUUUGGCAAGAGAAAAGUCAUCCCACAUGGUGCUUGCUCUGAAGGUUUUGUUCAAGACUGAUCUGUUUAAAGCUGGCAUCAAUCAUCAAGUGCAAAGGGAGGUUGAGAUUCAGACUCGCUUAAGACACCCCAAUGUCCUCCGCAUGUAUGGCUACUUCCACUGUGAGAAGCGAGUAUACCUCCUCCUUGAGUACGCCCGUCAUGGUGAACUGUACAAGGUGUUGCGCUCUCAGCCUGAUCAACACUUCACAGAGUACCAUUCCGCCAACUAUAUUGCCCAGCUGGUGAGUGCACUUCAGUAUCUCCAUAGCAGAAAUGUAAUCCAUCGUGACCUGAAACCUGAGAACAUACUGAUUGUAGCAAAUGGCCAACUCAAAAUUGCAGAUUUUGGUUGGUCUGUAUGGUCUCCAAAUGAAAGGAGGACUACUUUAUGUGGCACCCUGGAUUACUUGGCACCCGAGAUGAUUGAAGGACGCAAGUAUGAUGAGAAAGUUGACAUAUGGUCCCUCGGCGUCCUCUGCUAUGAAUUCGUGUGUGGCAAACCCUCCUUUGAAGCAGCCCAGAGAUCCGAAACUUUCAAAAGGAUUGCUCGAGUUGACAUUCGAUUCCCUCAGUUUUUAUCAGAUGAAGUUGUUGACUUGAUUUGCAAGCUGCUGCGCCGCACUCCCAAGGAGCGCCUACCACUGGCAGCUGUGAUGGAGCAUCCUUGGAUCAAAAUGCACUACAACCCUGAUGUUCCACCUCCAAACCCAUGUGCAAAAUCCUAAGUCAGUAUAUAUGUGAUUAUAUGUGGAUUAGCUAUAUUAUGGGUAACCUGGAAAGGAGCCCCACCCUUAUUAAUUUUGUUGCUGAUUGGGCAGCAGCCCAUGAAGUUGAGCAUUAAGUUUUUAUGGGAAAAUGAUUUGUCAUUUAGCAUCUUAGUAUAUCUAUAAAAAUGGAGUAAAUAAAAGGCCUUGCAUGAUACCACCUUUUAAUAAAUGACACUAUAAUCUGUUUGAAUUAAGUUUGUUUGACUAAUUAUUUGCCAUUCAAAGGUAGUGGAUCUAUAUUGCUUACUGAAAUAUUUGCAUUUCUAGAUUAUAGCAAGGUGUUAUAUGUAUAUAUAUUUAGUAUUUUAAUGACCAUUCACUUGCAUAUCACAAUUCAGAAGUUUUAUUGACAUUUAGAUUCAUCUGUGAUAAAUACUUAGACCACUUAACACCGGAUAAUUGUAGUGUUACUCAAAUAAAAUAUCUACAUGUAAUUUCUAAGUGAUUAUAUUUAUGAAAAAAAUAAGUUAGGCAUUUUUAAAAAGGUUAAUUUUUACUAAAGUCUAAUAGUUUUGAUGUCUUAUGCUUUCUAGGAUGUUCAUAGAUGUUGUAGAUGUGGCAAGUCUACAGUUCUCCCAUUCAUAUACAUCCUAUUUUGCAAGAUCAGUAUCAUUCAACCUUCAUCAUGUAUUUCUCAGCUUUAGCAAAUACUUAGUCUGUGUUAUGCACUUUGUGCAUAAUAUCUGAAUGGUGGUUUCCUAGCCUCAUUCCCAUCUGAUUAUCUUGUUUUAUGUUCCCUUUGACUCCAUUCCACACUGGUGUUUGUUAUAAAAAUGCAAAAUACUGGGUUUGCAAAAUGGGUGUAAGAACCCCUGGUAGAAGGGUGAGAGAUGGUUGAGAAACAGGAGCAUAUAAAGGCAUGGUGUUUAUCCUUUAGUCUGUUCAAAUUUAGCUUGUAAUUUGAGCUGCUGCUUUGGUAAGUUCAUCACUCAUUGGACAGGGGACUGAGGCACACUGUCUCCUACUCAUAUGAACCUUUUCACAUCAGAGGUGUUUGCAAAAGAUGGUAGUUACAUAUGAUUUCAUCUGAAGCCAUGUGAGAACAGUCACAUAGAAGUGUUUUAGCUCCACUGCUUGUAGCACAGUAAUUAAUCAUCCUAGAGGUGAAUUUGGUCUCAGUGUAAGGCUUAGUAAUUGUACAUUAUCAUAUUUUGUAGAAAAAAAUACAUGCAAAAAAUAACUGGAAGUUUGCCAACAUGCAAAAGAUGUACACUUUAUAUUAAUCUAGUAUAAAAAAAGUUCAAGAUAAAGUAA